CGCGUCCGGGCCGGCCCCCUACCAGCGGCGCGUCGGGCUGAUCGAGGAGCUGCUGGGCCGGGCGCGGGAGGGCCGGAGGGACCAGGCCGCCGCCCUGCUCCGACACCUGCGACAGGACCUGGGCAUGGAGUCGACCUCGUUGGAUGACGUCCUGUACCGCUACGCCAGCUUCCGCAACCUGGUGGACCCCAUCACCCACGACCUCAUCAUCAGCUUGGCCCGACACAUCCACUGCCCCAAGCCGGAUGGAGCCUCUCUGGGCCACGUGGAGAAGCUGUGCCGGCAGCUGACCUACCACCUGAGCCCGCACUCCCAGCACUGCCGGCGGCCCGGACUCAGCAAGAGGAAGCCCCAGGCCUGGCUAAAGGCAGUACUGUCGGGGCCACCCCCGGAUAACACAGUGGACCUGUCGGGGAUCGCGCUGAGCUGCCGGGAGCUGGACAGGCUGGCAAGCUACCUGCAGCGCUGUGCCGCCCACGUGGUCAGCCUGGAGCUGGGCUUCACUGACCUGACUGAUGCCUCGCUGCAGCGGCUGCUGCCGGCCCUGGCCGCCCUGCCCCGCCUGGCCACGCUGGCCCUCCCGGGCAACCGGCUGACUAGGGCCGCCCUCCGCCACCUGACCGAUGCCCUCAAGGACCCCGCCGCCUUCCCCUGUGUCACCUGGAUCGACCUGGGCAACAACGUGGACAUCUUCUCCCUGCCCCAACCCUUCCUGCUCGCCCUCCGCAAGCGCUGUCCCCAACAGGGCCACCUGCCCACCAUCCUCGAAUUUGGGGAGGGGCCGCCGGGGAGUGGAGAUGGAGAAGGCCCCACGGACCCAGGGGGGCUGGGGAGGAAGGAGCUGGAGCCCCCACCCCUCGCUCAGACGUGAGGCUGCGCCCUCGGUGGCCAAGUGCUGGAGGAAGGGUGAGGGUCCCAGCCCACCUCACCUCUGGGGCACCCAGGGGGUGGCCAGGUUUCACGCCUGUCCCAGCUUGCCUCCUUCCAGGUCUGUUAGCAGUCAGAGGCACUAUGUACCUGUGGCCCACCCUGGGCCCCUGCUCAACCAGAUCUGUCUCACUCCUUUGGAAUCCCUUGUUGUUGGCCAAACCUCAAGAGGUUGGAGGUCGGGCCAGAGAUGAAGUAUUGUGAGCUGGAGCCAAGGAGGGUGGACCUGAUUCCCUCCCCCACCCCCAAGUCCUUAUUCCUGAGGGUGGCAGGAGCCCCAGUUUAUCAGAGUAGCCAGGGCAGGGACCACUGCCUCUCACUCUGGCCCCAGAGGUGGGGCUGGGGAGAGCAGAGAACCAGCUUGGGUCACUGCCAUGAACCAGGGGAGGAGGGAUGGAAGGGAGAAGAGGCUGAGGGGGGGCACUGACACCCACCCCCAGCCCACAAUUCACUGUGAGGGCCAUAGCCCACCCCUGGCCUGCAUCCGAAUGAAGUCAGGGAGGCUGCAGCCUAGUCUCUACUUGCUCAGAGCUGCCUUGGAGAAGCACUGCCACCCCUUCCCAACCAGGGGAUGCACUUAACCCAGCUAUAAAAAAGCACCAAACUCAAAAAACCUUGUUUCUAUCCAGAAGAUAGGAGGGAGGUGUUAAUCUUCAAAGUGGGGGGGGGGGGGUGGUGUGAAUCCCUAAACCACAAGCCCCCCCACAGCCUGGGAUCCUGUCUCCAAUAAAAAAUGCCUGCAGGUCAGACUCA